UGUAGCAACGGUUUAGAAAGUACGGUCUUGACGGUCUUGCGGACUUUUGUUUCUUCCAGUAGUUUAUCAAACUAUAUUACAAUCGAAUUUUUAUAUUUUGAUUAAAAUAAUUUUUGAAUGUACAUACAUGUGCAAUAUGUAAAUACAUACGCACAUAUGUACGCAGUGCUCAUUGUGUUAUUGUGGCUAAGAAAAGUGUAAACACAGUUUUUAAACCAUUAAUUGUUAUGUGCAAAUCGCAGUUGUUUUUAUUACCAAAAGCAGCGCGGACAACGACACGUAAUUCAAAAAUCAUAAAGCGGUAUUACUCUUGGUAGCUGUUUGAAGUCAAGUGUACAGAUUAAUAAAUGUCUUAAGCAGCAAACAUGAACGAUAAUGAAUAUAAAAGUGAAAAAUGAAUAAAUGGUUCUAAUAACAAAGUGACUUCGUUGAAAAUUAACUUUACGUUUAACCUACAAACGUACAUAAAUCUAUUUCAUAAAAAAUAGCUAUCGCAUAAAAAUUAGAAUGUUUAAUUCAUACACUAUACGACCAACGAUCGUUUAUCUUAAUCGGACUCAUCAUAAGCAGCGACAGCGCAAGCAGUUUACCCUAGUGUUAAUGGUUUGAUGAUUACUCUCAUUGCUGACGGAAUAUCUUCUUGAACGCAGUUCGAUUAGAAAAUGAAGAUUACUUAUCAAUGGACAAUUAAUUUCUUUGGCAUGUCUUUGGUGUUUUUUAACGCCGAUGCCAUAACAGGCGCUAUAACGGAUUCACGGUGUUAUCUCGAAGGCGGCGGUUCAGCAGAAAGUUUCUUUGCAAAUGAAGAUCUUCAAGUAGGAGCAAAUAUUGGAAAAUUGCGUAUAAAUGGAAACCCCGACAUAGACGAAGGAGAUAUUGACUUGUCGCUUCGCGAGAAAGAUACGCCAAUACAAAUAGUAACUGGAACUAAAGAUUUGUCAUUGGCUGUGGAAUUGGACAAAGAAGGAGUGCGGGGUCCCUCUUCAGUAUAUGUCAAUGUAAUUUGUACGCGGCGUCGAUCUACAGAUCCUAGUUUCGUGAUUCCCGUGAAUGUGCGUGUAAUCGAUGUCAACGACAACGCUCCACUCUGGGUUGGUGCACCAUACACGCUGACACUCUCUGAAGUCACUGUACCUGGGACGAGAAUACUGCAAGGGGCACAUGCUGAAGACGCCGAUCAGCCGGGUCCGUUUUCUACUGUUGAAUACCAGAUAUUGCCGGGACCAUAUUUUGGAUAUGUCCAGUUUCUAAGCCCUCUCGAAGGCACGCUAGUACUGAAAAAAUCGUUAGACUAUGAAACUAUGCAAAACUUUACUGUGAAACUCAGAGCUCAAGAUCAAGGUAGUCCGCCCAAGUAUACCGACACUACACUGAGAGUAGUGAUUACCGAUGCAGACGAUCAAAAUCCAAAAUUUCAAUAUGAAUCCUACACAGGGGAGCUCCCAAGCGAUGGGCGACCUGGCGAAUUAAGAUUGCGGCCUGAACAAAUCGCAGCGGUCGAUCAAGAUGAGGGCAUAUGUGCGCCUAUUCAGUACACAAUAGUUCAAUCACAAGACACCAAAUACUUUCGAAUCAAUCCUCAUACGGGCAUAAUUAGCUUACUAACGCCGAUCGGCUAUGCGGACCUAAUCAACGGUGCUACACUGGUGGUGAAAGCAACACAAAUAGACAAUGCAGACCGUUAUGCUCUAACAACGGUCAUGUUGACGCGAGCAGGCACCCAUGGUGAUAUGACGAGUUUAUCCUUUGUGCAGCAAAAGUUUCUCAUGCGUAUACGCGAAGACACGGCAGUAGGAAAUCGCAUUCUCGCAUUGCCUUCAAACAAACCUGGAAAGCACUUGAAGUAUACAAUACUGGAUCCAGUAAAUUCAAAGUUCUUCAGUGUUGGGUCAUUAGGUGAAGUGAUCUUGGUUAAACCUCUAGACUAUGAAAAAAUGACAAAACAUGAAUUUCAAGUAAUGGCCACGGAUGGUUUGACAAAUAUUACAGCUGAUAUAACGAUGAACGUGAUCGACGUAAAUGACUGGGAGCCCAGAUUCCGUGAGACGCAUUAUGAAUUUUUAGUGCCCAAAAGCCCUCCCGAUUCACAAACUGAAUCAUUUGACGGUAUUCUAAUUGGAAAAGUGGAGGCUGCAGAUGGCGAUCGCAAUGAUAAACUGGAAUUUUCGCUGCGAGGACAACAUGCUGGUCCUUUUGAAAUAGACUCUAACGGAAGCAUUUAUAUGCGUCCUGAGCAACUUCAGAAGCUUAACGAAUCAAAGGUGCACUUAAUAGCCAUAGCAACUGAUUCCGGUGUACCACCACGAAGUACCUCUGUACCUGUCACUGUAACAUUGGAAGAGGUUCAACUUGCACAAAUGUCUUGGAGUUCCAGUUCAAUAGGAAUGAUGAGCACAUUCAUCAGUGUGUUUAUCCUUGUUAUAUUCAUACUCACUUGCUACAUAGUGCGCUCGAAGAGCAGAAGACAAAAGAGUCCACCGCCGUUGGGACGAAAUCGUGUACAUAACCACGUAAACAGCACAGUAUCCUCGGCCAACUUAGUGACCCAUGAGAAAAUUUCUGGCAAUGAAAAUGGGGCUGUAGUCAUUAGCGGCAACAGUGGAGUAUCCGUGCUGCAUAUGAAGCACGACAGUAAUGUCACUAUGUCGAAUCCUAUUGGCAGAGGCUUUACUCAUUCUGAAGUCGGCAUGCCUAUCUCCACCACUCUAGCGGCGAAUUUGGAACGUGAAGCUAAACGAGAACAGGAACGUGAUCAUGAAAGGCAACGCGAAAGUUAUGCGGCCACAGUGCGAAUCAUUCUUCCAGGCAUUGUUUCGCGUGCCUCUGCCAAUGGGCAAUUGUGCGAAGAGGACGAAAUCGAAAACGACUCUCUUUCCAACCAGGGCAACAUGGGACCAGACAACAAUAAUAAAAAAAGUGCAUGGGCGCCGUCGAGUGGUUCACAACGAUGGGUUACAUCAAAUUUAGAUUAUAAUGCUGUUAGUGGUUCCAACCUCCUUGCAGCAACUGAGACAAUGGGCUCGUCGGAAAAUAAUUUAACUGUAUAUUUUUAAGCAUUCUGAUAUAAAACUUCUUCCACUUUAAUAAAGUGCAUGCACAUUCGGUCGCUUUUUUUCGAUCUCCGGUUUCAUAGUCUUUACACAAACAUAAAGGGUGUUUUUUAAGAGCUUGAGAACUUAAAGUGAUAAUACAAAACAGAAAUUUUGUUGAAAUAAAUGUUUUUUUUUUAUUAUAAUCUCGUAGAUAAUUUCAAGGCAUUUAUUUUUUGAAUACGAUAUCCGGCAUAUAUUCAUCCGAGGCUUUGUGUGAAUUCCGUGAUAUGUGUUUUUUUUGAUAAUUAAGGUUAUCAGCCCUAAGCACAACCCCCAAAUUGGAGGACCAGCUCCCAGUUUUUAUGUCCCCCUGAGAGAAGUGUGGCGUGGCUAUACUCCUAAACACUAGGUUUGAUUUUACUGAGGAUGAGUUUGCCCAAUUGCCUCAAAUCCGCCUCUUUUAUCCGGGCUUGGCACCGGUAGCAUAAACUGGCUGCAGCAUAGCCGCGGAAGCGAUGAUUAGAUGACGUUGAAGACGAUCUAAGAAGCAUAGGAGUGACCAACUUUCGUAGUCUGGCUAAGAACCGAGAUGCAUGGAGAAGAAUUGUGGAGGCAGCUAAGGCUUACAACGAGCUGUAGUGCUAUGAAUGAGGAUGAUCCGACAUAUGUCCGCAGCGGCUAGGAGUUACGUGGUCCAUUGGAUCAGCCCAAUUUUUUAAUAUUUCCGCCAAUAAAUCUGAAUAAUAAAUAUAAAUGAGCCCAAUUAGCAAAAAGGCGACGCAAACGAAGGUGAUUUGACUUCAAUUCUUGCACGAGUUGUAUUUUAAAGGCACGUAGGCCAAGAAAGUAAAAAAUUUCACGUAGUAAAAAUUUCAAUAAAACUUUUCACGUAGUCGAAGGGUAAAGGCCAACAAGUUGAGAACGAUGACAAAUCAAGCUUUCGGCAUAUUCUUCAACACUUCGCUCUACGAACUUCGCGAACAGAUUUAAAAAUUUUUUUUUUUAAAGUAAAUUUCCACUAUUUGGAAGCGUUGUUUGGGCGUUAAACGAUUCAUGACUUGUCAAACCUUACUGAACAGAAAUGUCAAAACAGUUGGCCAUUCUCCGCUGUCAAACCAUAGUUUCGAUAUCGCUAGUUCUCAUUCCGCUAAAAACGCCCGAUAUGUGUGUGUGUUUCUAUGAAGCGUUACUUUUACCUAUUCAUAUUAUUCAUUUGUACAACAGUUCCUUCCAUGCGUAAGCCUGUGGUGUGGAGAAAUGCUGGAGCUGCAGCUCUUUCGAGAAAUAAACCAGUUUUCAAUAUUUCUUCAAGAAAGUGAGAAGUAAGAAUGUAAUAGUACUAAUAUGAUUGUAAAUACUUUCUUUAUUCUGUUAAUUAUUAAUUUAUUGAUAUGCAUCCGUAGGUAUUUAUGAGCAAUUAGUUUAUAUUAAAAAUUUUAUGGAAAAAAUUACUUUCGAUAUAGUAGGUUAGUAAAUGUUCGCUAAUAACUGCGUAUUAGUCAAACUCCGUACUGUACUCGUUAAGAAUAAACAUAUUUGUAUCCAUAUUAAAAAUAAUAGUUUAAAUAUUUAAU